AUGAAAGCGCAUCAUAGUGAUCAUCAUUUAUAUGAUACUUAUUCAUUAAAAAUAAAAUAUAAUAAUGAUCGAAAAGAUAUUGAUACAAAAUCUUGUAUAGAUUUGAAUCUUCAACAAAAUUCAAAUACAUUAUCAAAUUAUCGACGUACAUCAAUAAAACGUUCAACAAGUACUGUUAAUAAUCAUAAUAUUUCAAAUAGUAAUGAAUUAAUUAUAAAUGGUUCAUUAUUUGAUGCACAAUUAUUUCAACCAUCACGUUCAUCAUAUAUACUUGAUUAUCGUGAAACACCACAUGAUCUUAAUCAAUUUCUUGAAGGUCAUAAUAUGACCUUAAAUUCAUCACAUUUAGAUGUACAUUUAUUUAAACUUUCCUUUAUAAUAACAUUAUCUGAAUGGCGUGUUGAUAAGGAAAUUUUAUUGGAUUAUUGUCCACGUGAUGAUAAUGAAAUCGAUAUAAUAGAAGAAAUUUCAUAUUAUAAAAGAUUUUGUUUUCCAGAAUUAAAUUCUAAAGAAACAGAUGAAGAAAUUUUACUUGAUGAUUCGUCAACAUAUGUUUUUACACGAACAAAUUCAAAAGGAAAAGUGGAAUAUGGUUAUUGUCGACGAGUAACUGAUGAUAAUAAUCAAAUAUCAAAACUUCCCAUUGUUAUUUGUAUAGUUUCGACUUAUUCAUAUUAUAAACUUUAUGAUGCUAUUCUUAAUGAAUUAACUUCAGCCUACAUAUCAAAUGAUCUUGAAUGUAGUCUAUUAAUGCAAUCAUUCUAUUCGAAGCCAUUACCUUUACCAACUCAUAAUUCAUCAGGUAUUGUCUGUAUACUCAAUGAUCGCCGUAUAUUUUUUUAUGUUUGUCCAACUGAUGAACGUCUUAAUCAUGAUUAUUUUUCCACUUUACUUUCUUGUUUAUCACCAAAUAAUAUAACUCAUUUAUUUGAAUCAAUGUUACGUUCAAAAAGAAUUUUAUGUUUUUCAAAUUCACUUUCAAAAUUAACUAAAUGUUGUCUUGCUUUAUCAUUUUUAAUGUAUCCAUUUAUGUGGCCUUAUCCAUUUGUUUCACUUAUGCCAUCAUCAUGGUUACAUGAUUUACUUGAUUCUCCAUGCCCAUAUAUAUAUGGUUGUUUAUAUGAAACAAUGCAACAAAUACCAAAAACAACAGAAAAAGAUUCAAUACAUGUUGAUCUUGAUUUAAAUACUGUUGAUAUGAGUAUUGGUGAUAAUUUUAUUUUACCACUUAAUCUUCGACAAAUAUUACAAGCAUCACUUGAAUAUAUAAUAAGAUUUCGUUUAGUUAAAUCAAAUUCAACUUUAGUUAAUAUAGCUGUUAGUGAAGCAUGUUUACAUGUAUUUACGGAAUUAUUUUAUAGUUUACCAAGUUAUUUUAAACGGCAUCAAACUUCUGAAAAAUUAACAGAUAAUAAACAAAAAUCUUCCAGUAGUCCAAAAUCAUUUAAACGUAAUGAUAGUGGAAUUGAUGUUCAAUCAAUUGUAUCAAGUGAUGUACAACAUGAAUCAAGAAAAACUGAACAUAAAAAAGAAGAAAAUAGUCUUGGUUAUGAUUUUCGAUCGGAUGAUUUUCUUAUUUCACAACCAUCAUCAGGUUAUAUUGUCUUCCUUAAUGAUUUUAUUCACGGAAUGAUUUUUCUUAAAUUUCUUGAUGAUUAUCAACGUAUUGAUAACAAUUCUCUACAAUCAUUUUCAUUAUUUGAUCAACGUUUAAAUGAAAGACGUCGAAUGACACAUGAUGAAUUAUUAAUAAAUCCUGUUGUGCGAUUUCGACAAACAUUUGAUUUAUUAGAAAAACAAAUGAAGAAUUCAUCAAAAUCAACGAAUCCAUUAAUAACGAAAAUUGUAAAAAAAUUUUUUGAAUAA